UAAAUAAAAUAAAAUAAAAGCCGAUUCCCAAUGGAAUUAGGAAUGACAGCCGUUGAUCGACUGUGUAUAUAUACACACAAACGCUUUCCGUUGAGACUAUAUUGUCAUUAUUUUCUUCGAGAGCGACCAUCGGCGAAAAAGCGACGACCGGAAUGGUGGCGACGAAGACGACCGCGGGGAAGGGGAAGCAGAAGAUCGAGAUUAAACCUAUUCAGAAGGAAUCAUCGCGGCAGGUGUGCUUCUCCAAGCGUCGCGCCGGCGUGUUCAAAAAGGCCAGCGAACUCUCUGUUCUGUGCGGCGCCGAGAUCGCUGUCCUCGCCUUCUCGCCCAGCGGCAAGCCCUUCUCCUACGGCCACCCCUCCGUCUCGUCCAUCUUGGGACGGUUUUUCGGCGGCAGUGCCGGCGCCGCGCCGGCUACCCCGCCGCGGCACCCCCUGGCCGCCGUGCUGGUUCAGGAUCUCGGCCGCCAGGAGAAGGAGCUGCAGGAACGGCUCGAGGCAGGGAGGAGGAGGAAGGCGGAGCUCGAGGAGGCGCUGCGGGGGCCGCAGUGGGGCCCUGUGGGCGAGCUGUUGGGCGCUGAGGUGGAGGAGCUAGGGCUGCCGGAGCUCGACCUGCUGCACAGUGCGCUGGAGUGGGUGCGAGCGGAGGCGUUGAGCAGGGCGAAUCAACUGGGCGUCGAGACUUUACAGGCGCCUACCGAGAAGGAGGCGAGCGGCGGGGGCUUUGCCCUCUGUUCUGCCCCUUUCUCUUGUGGAUUUUAGCGUUAAUUCGGCAGCCGGAACCCUAAUCGGAAAAAACCGAUUUUCGUUUAUGUAAAUGAAAGCAUUACAUUAGCAGAUUUUUUUUUUAUUUCAAAUGGGUUGGGUCUUAGACGGAUCUGGCUGAAGGCAAGCCGAGACCUCAGUUCGGGAUUAGGCAUAGGUUACCCGAGCCGAGAUCUUCCUUCAGGAUUGAGACCUCGAGAGUCCAGACCUAAUUCUGUUCUUUAGAUGGAUAAUUAAUCCAAAUAAUAAAAAAAAUGCUGAGUGAUAUUUCC